UCCUUGUUACUACAGGGUAUAUAAUCACUCAGAGAGCCAAUGCUCCAGCUUUCUGCAUCAGAGCAUGGCUCAAUACCAGUUACACCAGCAUCACUAAAAAAGAGUUGGGCACAGAUAUUCCUGAGAAGUUGGAGACUGUUUGCACUGAAGGCCGAAUCAACCCCAGUGAGAUUCAACUCUGCGUUCCUGCUUCUAACACCAUGGAGGUCCUGCGUUCCUUCAGCUCCGCCUCUUCCUGUCCAGACGUCUACAACUGGACCGGCAGCAGCAGUCUCAUCCUGGAGCAUUACAACUUCACCGGACGCCUCCACCACCGCAAGCCCUCGAAGAGAAGCGUGAGCGCCAUCACCGUCCUGUUCCUGUGCUUCAGCUUCUUCAUCAUCCUGGAGAACCUCUUGGUGCUGCUAGCCGUGCUUUUCCGGGUGCGUCUGCGCAAUCGUUGGAUAUUCAUCUGCAUCGCUAACAUCGCACUGAGCGACUUGCUGACGGGAUGCGCCUACGUGGUCAACAUCUGCAUGUCCGGCGACCGCACCUUCAAGCUAAGCCCAGUUCUGUGGAUAUUCCGCGAAGGAAUUUUAUUUGUAGCCUUAGCGGCGUCGAUUUUCAGCCUGCUGUUGAUCGCAGUGGAGCGCUACGCCACCAUGAUGAAGCCCAUCCACCAGAAAACCGCCACAAAGACUUACCGAAUCUACAUCAUGGUGGUGCUCUGCUGGAUAACGGCGCUCGUAAUCGGAUUCCUUCCGCUGAUGGGCUGGAACUGCGUUUGCGAUCCGAGAAGUUGCUCCACACUUCUGCCGCUCUACUCCAAGAGCUACAUCUUGUUCGCCCUGGUCAUCUUCUUCAUACUCCUGCUCACAAUCGGCGCUCUCUAUUUCGCCAUCUACUGCCACGUCCGGAGUAGCAAUGAGACCACAUCCGUACGCAGCAGAAAGCGUUCGCUGCGCCUCCUGAAGGCCGUCAUCUCCAUCGUUGGAGUCUUCAUGGUUUGUUGGGGUCCUCUGUUCAUCCUCUUGUUGGUGGACUUCUUCUGCCACUCUCGUAACUGCAGCACGCUCUUCAAUCCUGAAUGGGUGAUCGCCAUGGCCGUGCUCAACUCGGCCAUGAACCCGCUCAUUUACUCUUUCGGCAGCCUGGAGCUUCGCAAAGCCAUCGCUAAGCUCCUGUGCUUUUGUUGUCUGAGGGCGGGACUGUGCGACUCCAAGACCUUCAUGUCCAAGGAGACUUCCAGCACCUCUGGGAGUCGACAUAGUAGCCUGCGCAACAGCUUCAGCAAGGUGCGAAACCUGAGCACCAGUCCACAGCCUGAACCGAGGAAUGGCAAGAAAACACGCCUCAGCUCCACCACUUCUUGUUUAUCCGCGUCGAGCGGUUAAGCCGCGGUGGCCAGGUGUGUUUCUCCUUCGCCACAGGAACUGCACCUCCUCAAACACACCGCCGUUGUGGCUUCAGUGAUGUUUCAAUCGUUGAGGGUCAAAAGACAGCAGGUGUGAGUUUCCUUGCACAUAGACGAAUGCAGAAAGGACUGUUAAAGAAAGCAGCUGUGCAACAAAAACAGAAAACUUUUUAAAAAAAAUCAUAUAUAUAUAUAUAUAUAUAUAUAUAUAUAUAUAUAUAUAUAUAUAUAUAUAUAUAUCUUGUAACUUGAAUGCAUUUCUAUACAACAUUUGAGCCGAGUGCAAAGGAAAGCGACCACAACUGUAAAAUACUUCAAAUACAAACUGCCUUUUAUUGUUGUUUAAACGAGAAUGUACAAGUAAUAUGAAUGUUAUAAUUUAAAAACGAGAAAGUAUAUAUUUUUAUAUUCUACAUGAAAGAGAUUCUUUAGAUUUUAUGCACGCACUUUUGAAACUGUUUAAAAGUUUUCAGGGAAUUGUUUUGAGAGUAUACAAUGUAAAAUAGUUUUGAAGCAAAUAAAAUAAAGCAUUGAUUAAUACUGAUAAUGCAAGGUUUCUUGAAGAUUCUCAGUCAAUAACAUUCAUUGAACACAUGAGGGAGACAAUAUACAGACUUCUUCAACGAAGCAUGCUUCAGUACUUCAAACAGCAUUGAAACACGUCAAAUUCUAAUGAAUUAUGCAUACAAUAUUACACAAUACACAAAAUAAUAACAUUCCCUGGCCAAAAGAUUCUAACUACCAGGUUAAGCUUUACAUGACACAAAUGUGAAAUAAUACUUCCAGUUUUAUGUAAAAUCCACUCAGAGUUCAAGAAUCCACCAAAAGCACAAAAGUUGAAACCACGGCCCUCCAAAAAUAACAUGACAACCCGUCUCAAAACCACCUGGACGAUCCAAACAGAUGUUGGAAGAAUGCACAAUGCAUGGAAGAAAUGAAAAUGGUAUGUACAGGUACAAAACCUGUACAUGUCCACAUAAAAGUAACGUUGCCCACCCACAGAACUGUUAGCAUUUGCAUAUUACAUUUACAUUUAGUAGACGCUUUUAUCCAAAGCGACUUACAGUGCAUUCAGGUUAUACAAUUUGUAAAAUGUUUUUCAGUAUGUGAUAUUAGAUAUAGUAUUUACAUAAAUACUUGUGGAAAAUAUAAACAAACGCGUACUCCACUAGCCCCUGAUUAGCAUACAUCUUCCAUCCGUCUGUGAUGCUAAAUGAUGGAAACAACGAAAUACUUUCUUUAGGCAAUGUCAUGUCAUAGAACCACACAUUCAUGUUCACACCAACGACAAUAACUGUAAUUAUAACGUUUUAAUAAGCACGUCUAAUUUUAUGAUUAUAGGGAAGUCAACACACUAAUUUAGAGCCGCAGUAGGCUAGGUUUAAUUUUGAACAGGCAUGAAAACGAGACUGUGAGAGACUGAAGCACAUGCGUUCAAUUGAUUUUUAUUCAAAUCACAAACACAACAAUCACAAUAAAUGACACACAAACAC